ACAAUCAUCAUAACGAUCGAAUCAUCAAACGGAAAUGUUCGACUUCAAUGUUAUCGACUAAUAAUAAUAGUAACGAAAGAAAAAUGAAUUCAUCAACAAGAAACCAGACAAGCAGUGCUCGUGAUCGAAACUUACGACGUUUAGAGAGUAAUGAACGUGAACGGAUACGAAUGCAUAGCUUGAAUGAUGCAUUUCAAAGUCUUCGUGAGGUAAUACCGCACAUUAGUAAGGAACGAAAAUUGUCCAAAAUUGAAACAUUGACUUUGGCCAAAAAUUAUAUAGUUGCUUUAACUGAUUAUAUAAUGCGAUCAUCAUCAUCACCAUCAUCAUGUCAUGAACAACAAUUAACGGAAAUUGCCAAUAAUCUAAGAUUUCGUAAAAGUAAUCGUAAAACAAAAACUUGAC